AUCAUGCUGUAACAAGGAUAGUUGUGAAACAUCGCUGUGAUGAUGGAGUAAUUAUUUUCUUUUGUAGUGUUGUUUAACAGAAAGAGUGUUUAUCUUUGAUGAACCUCUAGUUAUUGUAGAAGAUCUAACAGAGGAAUUUAAUCUGUUCUAGCUUGAAGAAAUGAGCUCGGUCAGAGAAGAAGGUAAAGACACAAUCAUCUUUGUCACCAAAGAAGAUCAUGAAACACCCAGCAGUGCUGAACUUGUAGACGAAGACCCCAAUGACCCAUACGAGGAGCGAGGUCUAAUUCUUCCUAGUGGGGAGAUAAAUUGGAAUUGCCCCUGCUUAGGGGGGAUGGCCAGUGGUCCCUGUGGGACUGAAUUUAAAGAUGCUUUCUCCUGCUUCCACUACAGUAAGGAGGAGGUAAAGGGCUCUGACUGCCUGGAGCAGUUCAGAACUAUGCAGGAGUGUUUGCAGCGCUACCCGGAGCUCUACCCUCAAGAAGAAGAGACAUCAUCCAGCCAGACUUCACAAGACUUUGCUUCUGCAGAGCCAUCAGGUUUAAAUUCAACAGCUGCCUCCGAGCAGGACCCUGAUACAACACUGCCCAGCACAGAGAGCUCAGCAGAGAGCUAAUAAUGUGCCUUAUUGUGUGAGCCACAUGACUCAUCAUUCACAUUUCACAUUUAUUCAACUCUUGAUGGAACAAAAAGAAAGCCAGUAUAUAUAUUUUUAAAAUUAUUUUCAUUAGUUUCUCACUAAAAAGAGUUUUUCCUUAAGAGCUUUAAAGCUCUUUUGAGAAUUCAUUCUCUGUACCGCUUGGUCCAUUAAGGGUCGCAGGUUAGCUGGAGCCUAUCCCAGCAUUAACAGGUGAGAGGCAGGGUACGCCCUGGACAGGUCACCAGUCCAUCGCAGGUCCAA